AAACUUUUUCCAGAAGAAGGAACUUGAGUUUCAAUGAAAUUAUAUUUUUAGAACAGGAAAAGUGUCUCCACCGUCAUUAAGGAGACUGACAAGAGGUGUUAUGAUGGCUGUCCGAUAUACACCUACAUAGAGGAGAAUUCAACAGCCGCCUUGGGAUUACGAUCUUUCUUCAGUUGUUCCAUGUACGAUUCUUGACAUUUUAUCUCUGUAAUAAAUAAAAAAUCGAUAAAGCAGAUAAAAAUGGAAACUUGGUUUUGGAUUCUUGGCUGGUCUCUCUCCAUUCUGACCAUAAGUGGAAAUGGAUCUAUUAUCUUCCUUGUUUGCAGCAGACGGCGGCUCCGAACCAAAACCAACGCGUUCAUCGUUUCUCUUGCAGUAGCGGAUUUCUUUGUUGGAUUGAGCACUGUACCUUCAUUGUUCUUCUGCCAGGAAGAAGGCGAUUGUAACGGGUUAUCUAACGACUUGAGGAACUUAUUCCCAUACGCCUCAGUGGUAAACCUGUGCACUUUAGUCCUGGAGCGUUAUGUCGCCGUUGUAAUGCCUUUCAAAUAUUUGACUUUUAUGAAGCGUCGCCGCGUUUUCCUGGUGAUUUUCAUCUCUUGGGCGAUUCCAGUUAUUACUGCUUUGGCUUUUUUCAGAAUGGAUCGGCUUUGUCCGGGCCAAUGCCGUUUACUAUAUGACAUAAUUAUUUCGAUGAACAUAUUUUUUUUGGCGUUUCUACCAUGCUGUGGACUGAUCUUUUGCUUCGCUUCAAUGUUACUUGUUGUUUACAAGCACGAACGAGCAGCUCGUGUCUUAGCAAAGCAGCUCCACUUUAAUCAUCGAUUUCUGUUCAAAAUCCAGGAGAAAUCUGCAGUUAAAAUGAUGGCAAUUGUUAUAGGAGUUUUCCUUCUGGCGAACACAUUUGCUUUACGAUGUGGUUAUAUAUUAUUAUUUAAAACAGGAAAAACAUGUGAUGAUGAAGAAUAUAAAAUACCCCUCCUUAUUUUAAAUUCUGCUAUUAACCCCAUUGCGUACGCUUUCUUCAAGCGGGAUAUAAAGAAGGAGAUGACGAAACGUAUUUUCUGCGUCAUCUAG